CGAGACGUGAGGCGUUUGCUUCGUCUUUUUUCUUCCACCAUUUCUUCUCAUUUAAAUAGUACAGUCGCGACUAAAUUCUCGGACGAAAUGCGCGCAAUUAUCGUGAAACGGGCCAUAAAUCUGCUUGACCACCUGUAAUUAACUCUAAUAACCGGCGGCGGCCAUCUUGCAAUGAAAGGCGCCAAAGUAAAACGGGACAUUUUUCUUUUAUUGUCUAUAGAAAUGAUGGUACAGCAAUGUGCAAAGUUUAACAAUUUCUAUACACAAUUUGUGACCACCUAUACAUCCAACUAAACUAUUGUGUAGUUCUUGAAAAAUUAUAAAUUAAAUUCCGUUUUUUGAUAUUUUUUACUUCUUCUUCGGCGGGACUAGUUCGAAUUUCCAGAUCCGGUUUGGACCGAUUUCGGCCACGUACAGGGCCGAACCGUUGGGGCACACAGCGAUGGCGUGGGGGUUACCGAAGCCCUGGAAAAUAAUCCAAGAUGAAUAACGCUUUGUGGAGAAAUCUUGACAGUGCUCUAAUUAUGGCGCCAACCACCAAUCAAUACUCCAGCACAGCCCUCAAAAAUGUGCAAAAGCCCAUCGAUGACCCUGUUGAUCCUGCUGCCCUUCCUGCUGCUCGAGCACAGCUCGGCGCGAUUCCUCAGCAGGAGGAGCAUCUCCGACCGGUCCGUCAGCGGCUAUUUGACCGAGAGGACUUGUUGGUGGAACGAAGUGUGCAAAGAGGAGUUCCAGAGUCAGUUCCGGUGCAAGUGCCCGGAAUGGUCCUUCUGCAGGGCUCCAGGACGGUAUUACAACGCUUUUUGCUCGAUGACGGCCACGGGGUACAUCUGGAUGCAGCCGGGAAUCAGGGACGGAUAGCAGUUAAGAAGUCGUCGGGCCAAGCACAAGUCCGACGACCGGGUUCAAAUUCCCAAAUUGCCGGCUUUGGCUUAAUUAUUUUAUUAUUUAUCAGUUUGGGGUGAUAAGAUAAAAUCGUACUGAAAAUGUGAAUAUUGUUGUUGUUUGUUUCAUUUUUAAUAAAAGUUUUUUGUGGGGUCGAGGAAAUAUUGACAUUUCUUACAAUGAGAAAAUUACUUCCGCCUUCGUGCUAAUUUAAUGUAUAUGUUGUGUCACCUCUAUUUUUAUUUUUAUUGAUUGUUUUACACAAUUAUUAGUUUUUUCCCACUUAUUUUUUUUUUGAGUUUUAGGCUAUUUUUUCUUAUUGUAUCUUUAUCUAAUAAAAUAAAA